AAUCCAUUACGGUGAAAAGCCUUACAUGUGUGACAAAUGUGGUAAAUGUUUUGUAAGGCUGACCAAUUUACAGAACCACUGUUAAAUUUAUCUAGCAGAAAAGCCUUACAUGUGUGAUAAAUGUGGAAAAUGUUUUGCAUUCUCCUACAUUUUACAGUCACACAAUAGAAUUCAUACAGGUGAAAAACCUCACAAGUGUAACACUUGUGGUAAAUCUUUCACACUAGAAUCAGAUUUAAAGAAGCAUCAAAGAAUUCAUACUGGAGAAAAACCAUACAAGUGUGUCAAUUCCGAUAAAUGUUUCACACAUGACUCAGGUUUAAAGAAGCAUCAAAGACUUCAUACUGGUGAAAAACCUUACAAAUGUGCCUAUUGUGGUAAAUGUUCCAAUAAUUUAGCAGGUUUACAAAAACACCUUAAAACACAUACAGGAAAAAAAAAAUACUUGUGCAUCAUAUGUGGUAAAUGUUUCUCAGACACUUACACUUUACAGAACCACCAAAACAUUCAUAAAAGAGAAAAGCCUUACAUUUGUGACAAAUGUGGUACUCGUUUUGCACUACAGAGUACUUUACAGAAACACCAACUCAUACAUGAGAAAAGCCUUACAAAUUUACAAACACCUUAGAAUUCAUACAGGAGAGAAGCAGUGUGAUAUGUGAGGUAAAAGUUUUUCUGAUCUCAAAAAUGAGAUAAGCAUCACCUGAAGUGUCCUUUGAUGUGCCCUGUAUAGUGAAUGACCUUUCUUUGUUAAAUAUUGUUAAAGAUUAAUUAUUGUUUUCUGUUUGACUGUUAGCAUUUUUAAUUUCAAGGUUUUUCUUUGUUAUUGUUUUUUUUAGUUUUGUUCAAGUUUAAUUGAGUGUGUAGGUGCUUAGUACACUCUAGUAAAUUAGUUUUAAACUGAUGUAUAUAGUUAAAGUCAGCAAUGUAGAGCCAUAUUCAAAUAAAAUUGUAAAUACAACGCCAAUGUAGACCUCACUAUUUGAGAUAAAUCCAAUUGUCAGGUGUCAACUCUUUGGUUUUUUUUAUAAACCAAUCAAUGCAUCAUUGUAAAAGAAAUGUGUGGCCAAUUAUAUUUCUUUACAA